AUGACUGGAGCACCUCCAAGCUUUUGUUUUGUGGCCUUUCCACCCCAUACAAAAAAUAGCUGCAUUUUGUUUGGGAAGAAUUCUGCCCGUCCCAGAGAUGAAAUCCAAGAAGUGCUGUAUGAGCCAUCCAAAAGCCAUGGUCCUGGAAGCAAAGUUCAGUGCACAUACCUGGAAAUUGACCAGGUUGCCCAAACGCAUUCUGUAAUACUGAGUAAACCAGCUUGGAUGUGGGGUGCUGAGAUGGGAGCCAAUGAAUAUGGAGUCUGCAUUGGAAAUGUAGCCAUUACCACAAGACAGGCUGCUGAAGGCUCAAAGUUAUUGCUGGCAAUGGAUCUUGUCAGACUUGGCCUUGAACGUGGAACAAAUGCCAAAGAGGCUCUUCAUGUAAUAGUGUCUUUACUAGAGGAACACGGUCAAGGGGGCAGCUACUUCCAGAACAGUGAUCAGGGAUUCCAAAGUGCCUUUCUCCUUGUGGAUAGGUCAGAGGCAUGGUUACUGGAGACGGUGGGGAAAUUUUGGGCUGCUGAAAAAAUUACAGAUGGUGAGAGAUGUAUCUGCAACCAUUUAUCACUACAGACACAGCUAGAUCUGGAACACCCAGAGCUUCGGAAUUAUGCACAAAGCCAGGGAUGGUGGAGUGAAGAUAAAGAAUUUAACUUCUCUGAAGCUUUUUCAGAAGGUGACACUAGAGAUCAUUGUUCAGGGAAGGAGGCCUUAGAGAACCAGGAUGAAUUGACUGUGAAAUCGGUGAUAAAUGUCCUUCGUAAUAAAAGUAGUGGAAAUUGUGUGGACUCUGACACCUUCCUGACUACAGCUAGUUCAGUGUCUGUUCUACCUCAGGAUGAGGAACGGCCUUGUAUUCACUUCCUUACUGGCACACCAGACCCCUCAAGGUCUGUAUUUAAGCCCUUUAUAUUUGUGGAAGAUGUGAAAGUGGUCCUAAAGGUCCAGUCAUCUUGUGCUGAAGACUGUCAUCAUGAACAUUCCGAAUAUAAACAUGAACUAUAUGAAGCUCAUCAGUGCUCUAGAUCUUUAAUGGACAAUGACAAAGUAAGUGAUCUUGUUAUCAGAAGUUAUAAUUAUUUCAUUUAUACCUAA